AUGGGAAGAAAAUUAUUUUUCUUACUUGUGCUAGAGUUCUUUCUUGUACCAUCCACUGAGAAUCCAAUAUUUGGAUACAAGCUUGUGCUGGUUUGGCCCAAUACUUUCUGCCAGAACACCCAAUGCAACACUCCUAUUCCACAACAGUUCACCAUUCAUGGUCUAUGGGGCUACGACUCCAAGUCAAAUAAUGUUGUCAAUUGCGAUAAUGGACCUGCUUUUGAUCGCAGCUUGCUAAACCCAAUUGAAAAACAAUUGAAAUUUGACAUGCCUGGAUUGGAUCGUGAUGAUGAAAUUCACUGGAGGCACCAGUGGAACAAGCAUGGAAAAUGCAGUGGAAUGAGUGUCUUUGAAUAUUUCAAGGAGAUUCAGAAUUUCUGUCCACUUCAAAGCUAG